CACAAAAGCAGAGCAGAGGCCCCACACGGCCCACAGCCCAAGAGGCAUGAGGCUCCCUCAGCUGCUCUGCUUGGCCAUGCUGGACAUCUCCAUGACCUACAAAGUCCUGAAGGUCUACCCCCAAAGUCGCCACAUCCUCCUAACGUGCCACGCGCCCCGGGUUCUUCCACCCAUCACCUACGUCCUCUUCGCCAGCCAGGGCAUCCAAAUGGCCAAGAAGGUGGUGCACACUCAGCAGCCGGCCUCCUUCACCCUCAAUGUCACGCUCAAGUCCAGCCCAGACCUGCUCACCUACUCCUGCCAGGCGGCCUCCCCCGCCGGCGUGCACGGGAGCAGCGCCCCACUGCGGCUGUACUGGGAGCUGUGGGCCAAGCCCGUGUCCCAGCUGCAGGCUAAUAUCACCCUGCAUGGUGGAGGGCCGGGCCCCAGGGCGGAGAUGUCCUGCUGGGCGUCCUCCGGCAGCCCACCCAUCACCUACCGCCUGGUCAGCAAGGACGGACAGGUCCACAUGCAGCAGAGGCCGCUGCACGGGCAGCCCGCCAACUUCUCCUUCCCGCUGCCCCCCGCGCCAGGCUGGUUCCAGUGCCAGGCUGAAAACAGCGUGGGGGUCCAGAGCAGCGCCCUCACGCUGGUGCCCCCAGGUGAGAGAGCCGCUUGGUCGCCCUCCGCCACCCACAUAGGGGAGCUGCCCCAGGGACCUGCACUUGUGCUGGCCGGCAGUCUCGUCUCCAUUGCAGCUGUGGCCUCCAGAAUGCUGGGCUGGAUCAGGUGGGUAGCGGGUGUCCAAUGGUGGGAGCAGGGAGGCUGGCUUGUGGGGCAGGGCUGCCGCCCGGGCUGAGAGGACACAACAGCCACAA